GAUAUAUUUGGUGUGAACAUAACCUCGGUCGAAAGUUCUCUUUGCAUUAGAACCACGUUGUAAUAAGGUCGGUAAUCAUGCAAAUUUUCGUGAAAACUUUGACGGGUAAGACCAUCACCCUUGAGGUGGAGGCAUCCGAUACUAUCGAAAAUGUAAAAGCAAAAAUUCAAGACAAAGAAGGCAUCCCACCAGACCAGCAACGUUUGAUUUUUGCCGGAAAACAAUUAGAAGAUGGACGUACCUUGAGCGACUAUAAUAUCCAAAAGGAAUCCACUUUGCAUUUAGUUUUGCGUCUGCGUGGAGGUAUCAUUGAACCUUCUCUUCGUAUUUUGGCUCAAAAAUACAACUGCGACAAAAUGAUCUGCCGUAAGUGCUAUGCUCGCCUUCAUCCCAGAGCCACUAACUGCCGCAAAACCAAAUGUGGACACACCAACAACUUGCGCCCAAAGAAGAAGCUAAAGUAAACUUUCCACAUUACUAUUUGCAUUAUUAUUCGAAACUGAUUGUUCUUAAUGCAAAUAAAAUUUCUAAAAUGUAAAGCUUUGUUUAAAUUUAUCAAAAUAAAUUAUUUUCUAACAGUGUAUGUUGAAGGUCUUAAUAUAAAAUGAAAUAAUAUAAAGGACAAUCCAAA